AUGUCACGUCCCAACGAAAAAAAAAAUCAUACAUACCAGAUUUACUUUUUGGCGUUGAACAUGAGUUAUACAUUCACAAUUGUUCUAUUUUCCAUUACGCUGGUCCUGGCUCUCGCUAUACGUUUUUUACGAUCCAAGAAACCAAAAGUUCAGGUUCCUCCGGGCCCAAAGGGAUGGCCAAUCAUUGGGAACUUGUUGGACAUGAUCAUGAACCGGCCAACUCACCUGUGGAUCCACCGCGUCAUGGAAGACAUGCAAACGGAGAUAGCUUGCUUUCGCUUUGCCAACGUCCACGUAAUCACCGUAACAUCAAGCAAGAUUGCCCGAGAAGUGCUUAGGGACAAAGACGAGGCUCUCGCAGACAGAGCUGACUCAUACUCGAGCAAUCUCAUAAGCCAUGGCUACAAAGACAUUAAUUUCUCUCCCUACGGAGAGAAAUGGAAGCUGAUGAAGAAGGUGAUGGCCACCAAACUAAUGUCUCCGACAACACUGAACAAGACCCUUGGUGAUAGAACCUUAGAAGCAGAUAAUAUCGUCACGUAUGUCUUCAAUCUAUGCGGACUAGGAUCAAAGAUGAAGCCCAUUAACGUGAGGGAUGUCGCCUUAACUUAUUGCCACGCCGUUAUGAUGAGGAUGAUGUUCGGCCAGAGGCAUUUUGAUGAACCGACCGAGGACGGUGGUCUCGGGCCGAAAGAGAGAGAGCAUUUGGACGCAAUAUACAGAUCUCUUGAUUGCUUUUUCAGCUUUAAGGUAACAAAUUACAUCCCUUUUCUUAGAGGAUGGAACAUCGAUGCAGAGGAGGCGGAGGUAAGAGAAACGGUUGAUUUUAUCAACCGGUGCAACGACCCUAUCAUCCACGAGAGAAUGCAGUUGUGGAGGAAUGAAGGUGGAAAGGAGACGGAAGAAGAUUGGCUCGACACUCUUGUCGCGCUAAAAGAUGACCAAGGAAUGCCUUUAUUUACUUAUGAUGAGAUUAGAGCUCAAUGCAAGGAUAUAAAUGUUGGAAUAAUCGACAAUACGAUGAAUAACGUGGAGUGGACGAUAGCGGAGAUGUUGAAUCAUCCUGAGAUUCUUGAGAAAGCCACAAAUGAACUGGACAUGGUAGUUGGUAAAGACAGACUUGUCCAAGAAUCAGACAUUCCACAACUGAAUUACAUCAAAGCUUGUAUCAGAGAAUCUUUCCGGCUUCACCCAGCUAAUGCGUUCCUGCCUCCUCAUGGAGCCCGAGAAGAUACUACUCUCGCUGGUUAUUUCGUCCCUAAAGGUAGUCACAUUCUUGUGAGCCGUCUAGGACUUGGUCGGAACCCUACGAUUUGGGACGAACCUGACGCGUUCAAACCAGAGCGACAUCUUGAUGACUAUACUAAGGACUCAAUGGGUGUGACUCUGAUGGAGCCGGAAAUGCGGUUCGUAAUAUUCAGCACUGGCCGGCGUGGCUGCCCUGGUCCUAAGAUUGGAGCAUCUAUGACCAUCAUGUUGUUAGCCAGGCUUCUCCAAGGGUUCAAAUGGUCUCCACCUAAUGGUGCAAGUCAAGUCGAACUCAUCGCGGCUGAUAGCAACUUGUUCAUGGCCAAGCCUCUACUCGCAUCUGCGAAACCUAGAUUGGUUCCUGGCUUAUAUCCCAAAAUCCAGAUCUAA